UUUUUACCUUGUCAGCUCCGGGUUUCGACGAAGCAACUUUUCAGGACGGAUAGCCAGGAAGGCUCAUCAGGAGGACUGACAACCGAAUUUAUUCGUCUCGACUGUCGCUGUGCGACAUAAGUCAUCAAUCAGGGCACCGUGUCAAUAUCAAUUAUUUAUAUGCACACCUUUGGUCCGUAUAGCCUCUCCCGGAAGUAAAAUUGCUAUUUUUCAGCACUGAGUCUGUACSGUAGAGGAGAAGCGUUUGGGCUAAACUCGCGACAGAGAACAUUGUCUCCGUUCAAUUGUUAGCUUCCGGAUGAAUUAAACCUUUUUCACCUUGGUAUCAUGGCCAGAGAACACAUUUCUCARGGGUGACAUGCAAUCUUAAGAAAGAGAAAAAUGCGGCUGUGCUCCACCUUCCUGCUGCAGCGCUGGCUGUGGUUGUGUGUGUGCGCCAGACAGUGGCACUGCAGCAAUGGCAACAACCGCAGACUACCGCUGUGUGUGAGGCAGAUAUGGGCCUACCUCAGACUGAUGGUCGACUCCCUCUAUUACAACACCCUCACCAACUCUGAAGUCGUCAUGGAAUCUCUGAUGGAACCCAUCCUCUGGAUGGUGGACCUAUUCACCCGCAGGUUCGGGGCGGUGUUUGUAUGUCUGUUAGUGAUACUGACCACUUCUAUCCUGCUGGUAGUCUAUGUGGUUAUGCUGCCCGUGAUCUUCGACACGUACUCUCCAUCCUGGAUAGCCUGGCACAUGACUUACGGACACUGGAACCUCGUCAUGAUUGUCUUCCACUAUUAUAAAGCUACCAAUACUGCCCCAGGAUACCCCCCUAAGAUGAAAAAUUCCCUUCCAUUUGUGUCCAUGUGUAAGAAGUGUAUCAUCCCCAAACCAGCCAGAACUCACCACUGUGUCAUCUGCAACACGUGCAUUUUGAAAAUGGACCAUCAUUGUCCGUGGCUGAAUAACUGUGUCGGCCAUUUUAACCAGCGUUACUUCUUCUGCUUCUGUGUCUCCUUGACCCUGGGCUGUAUCUACUGCAGCAUCAGUGGCCGGAACCUCUUCCUAGAUGCUUAUAGGGCUCAUAGUGCUAUAGAGAGCACCAACCAGACUCCCCCCUUAACGUUCAGAGACGAGAUGUUCCACAAGAGUAUCAUUUACAUGUGGGUGUUAACCAGCGUGGUGGCUGUAGUUCUUGGGGGGCUGACUAUCUGGCACGCAGUGCUGAUAUCCCGAGGAGAGACCAGCAUAGAGAGACACCUCAACAGCAAGGAGACCAAACGGAUGCGGAGACGUGGCAAGGUGUACAAGAACUCCUUUAACUAUGGCGGACUGAACAACUGGAAAGUCUUCUUAGGUGUGGAGAAGAAAAGUCAUUGGCUGACGCGAGUCAUCAUGCCCUCUGGACAUGUCCCCAUUGGGAACGGCCUCACCUGGGACAUCUAUCCAUUCAGAAAAGACAUGAUGCCCGUCUGAGCCAAAUACAAAAUGAGGAAACACCUGAUGGCUGUCUGACCCCUGACCCCACAGACUCUGUCCACACAGAACUACAUCUCCCAGGGGUCCCUGCUCCCUACAUAUACCGAUGUCACAUGACCAGGUUUUGUAGACGAGCAGGAGAGUGAAUACUGGGAGGACAGCAGGGAAGAGAUGGGGAAUGUUUGCUGCUCCUAAGUGAAACAACCCUACAAAAUGUUUCAACCCUGGUCCUGGCACAGUGGUCUGGGCUUGUGUAAUAAAGGCCAACCACACUCCAGAACUUGUAAUGAUGUGGGGAUGAACUGUUUCAUAAUGUUUUCAGACUGUGCUACAGAGUACCACAGUAUGAGUCGUCAUAUUACCCAUAAGACCUAGAGGUCAAACAGGGGAAUUAUUCCAAUUAUUUUUUCCACCAUUCACUUUUCCCAUAGGGUUUUUUAAAAACACUUAAAUUAUGGGCUGUGUUUUGUGUAAAUCUUUCUAGGACAAGGUGACUUAUCAAUGUAUUUACCCCCCCCCAAAAAAAUUAAACGCCACUGUGACUAUCAUAAAGAACUACAAAUGCCAUGAUGAUCAGGAUGAGACUUCCGAAUCAAGGAAAAGGUAAGAAUCUCGGGAUUAACUAUCUAAUGUCAGCUAAAUGUAAUGAAUACAUUGGCACCAUUUCUUUAGAUGGACAAUUCUGUCAACUGUCUGCAAGUUUUCAAUUGACAGAAUACCUGUUAGCAAAGGUGUUAGCUAGAGAUGACUUGCAGGGAUUUGUAGUCUUUCAUGAUGUCUACUUUGACGCUAAUUACUAUUUUGAUUUAAGUCACCUUGUCAGAGAGUUACAUGGUUAUCAAAAUGUCACGCCAGGGUAACUACACAAAACACAGCCGUUAUUUUAGGUGUUUCUUAAAUCUCCUAUGGGGAAAAAUGAAUGGUGGAAAAACGCUAGGUUUUAUGGGUAUUAUGACACGUCCACAAUAGGACUCUGGUGUACAUUAGGCAUGUCAAACUCAUUCCAUGGAGGGCCAAGUGUCUGCAGGCUUUUGUGUUUUUCCUUUCAAUUAAGCCCUAGACAACCAGGUGUGGGGAGUUCCUUACUAAUUAGUGACCUUAACUCAUCAAGUACAAAGGAGGUACUUGAUGAGCGAUGUCUGUUUGCGAUGUUACAUUUCCUUAAAACAAUAACAAAUGUGGAUCUCGGCUUGAAUCUAUUUUUAACAUUGUCAUAAAGAGCACAUUCAAAAUCAUAAAACARGUUAUCCCAUCUUGACAUUGAGAAAAAUCACUGAAAAGGGGUUGACGGUAAUGGUUAACGAUGUCAUAAAUCAGCCAUAACUCCCCUUGCUACCGGGAGAAUGGAAUCAAGGGAGGGGCAUUUGAAUGCAAGCUUAACAAAACAUUUGAACUUGUUUAAACAUCUACCAAUGAGAAACGGGGUUAACGUGUUAUGCUCGAUGCACUCGGUCUUCUACCCCCAAAAGCACCGUAUGUCUGUACAGUAGGACAGUUACAUGCAAUGUUACAUUUGUUGACCCUGGAGUUAUGUUAUGUUACCACCCCCAUGUUCUGUAUUGUUCAGUUGACGAUAUGAUAUAAAAAAGUAGUAGACUCUGA